GUCCCCAGCCGGCGCCCGAGCACUGCGCACGCGCACAGCGAGCCGGUGCAAUGUCGGGUCAGUUUGAAAGCCUGCGCGGGCGUUGCGCUCCGCUGUGACGGGGGAGGAUGCUGCGAUCAAGCGGUUCUGGAGCGGUUCUGGAGCGGCUCUGUUCGCAUCGGGGACGCUUUGUCGCGUCUGCGCUCCGGGUACAGGUAGUUGAAGUUUCUUGCCAUUCGUUUCACAUUUUGUUCGGAAUGAUGGAUUUCCUUGUGCAGCUAUGGACGAGUGUGUAUGGAAGAAAUGUUAUUUCUAAGAGAAAUGAACAGAAAUAAUCCAUUUUGAGGAAGGCAUGGCAAAAUCAAAUUCAAAACACAGAGUGUGUUCUCGGCAGUCUUCAGUAUCUUCUUUGCUAGCAAGCUGCAGCCUGAGUGGUAGUCAUUCCUCUAGCUCUGAUGGCUCUUUUCAGUACAAGGAUAAACUGUACAGUUCUGCGUCGCAGGCUCUGCAGGCCUAUAUUGAUGACUUUGAUCUAAGCCAGAUGUGUCCUGGUGUAACCACUGGAAAGAUGAACAUUUACAAAUGCUCUGCUAAUGUGCCAGAAUUCUCCAGCUAUGUUUAUAAACCAAAUAAUGCUUUUGAAAAUUUUGAUCACAGAAAAGGCUCCUUAUCUUCCAGAAGACGGACUACUAAUGACAUAGACUCCAUUAGCUUAACGACUGAUGAUCUAUUAAAACUUCCAGCGGAUGGAUCCUUUCCUUUUACUUGUGUUGGACCAGGUCACCGAGGUAGCAAGAAAACCAAGAGAGGCGUUGGAAGACUGGGUUCAUCGGACACUGAAAAGAGUCAACAUUUUCAAGAACCCUCCACUGCCAUGAGCGAAGAUAACUUGGCAAACAGAAAUGUAAAUGGAAAGCAGUCUCGUAGGCUAAAAAACUUAAAACUUGUAAAUAAUACUAAUAAAUGCAUUCCUGGACCAUCUUUAUCUUCUUCCAAGAAAUCAUCUCUCAAGGACAGUUCAGAACACAAUCUUGAAAAGAAUUACCCCAGGUGGCUCACUGGCCAGAAGUCGGACCUUAAUGUUUCAGGGAUAACUAGUAUACCUGAUUUCAAAUACCCAGUCUGGCUCCACAAUCAGGACUUGCUACCUGACACACAGAGCCAGAGGAUUCAUAAAAUAUUUAAAGAAGAGCAGUGUUCCCCAAGGCAUAGUUAUCAGGCACAAAGAACUUCUCGACUUACGAGUAAAUUAGAUUGCUUCGAAUAUCCUUUUGAACCCUCAAACAUUUCAGAUUUCUUGAGUGGUGAUAAAGGAUUAGGUAAUGAAUAUAAAUGUGAUUCUGAACCUAGCCAAUGUCAAUGUGAAAAUCCCCUUCUUCCAGGACAGUCUGAAAAGCCAUUCAGUGGUGACAAAAUUGAACUGCUCAUCCUGAAAGCCAAGAGGAAUCUGGAGCAUUGUACCGAAGACCUACCGAAGCCUAUGAAACAGGACGACAGUCCGUGUUCACUAGAUAAACUUGAAGCAGAAAGAUCAUGGGAAAAUAUUCCUGUUACUUUCAAAUCUCCGGUUCCUGUUGACUCUGAGGAGGGUCCUCAACAGGCUUCCAGGGCGAAGUGUGAUAAGCAGUUCCUUGAAGACUUUUUGAAUGAUGAUAAUCAGAACUGCACCCUUUCUGGAGGGAAACACCAUGGCCCCGUGGAAGCCCUGAAACAGAUGUUAUUUAAUCUUCAGGCUGUGCAAGAAAGUUUUAACCAGAAUAAAACUAUAGAGCCAAAAGGAGAAAUUAAGCAAGUUUCAGAAGAUGAUUUCUCUAAAUUACAAUUGAAGGAAAGUAUGGUUCCUAUCACUAGGUCACUUCACAAGGCUUUGCACCAUUUAUCUCGCCUGAGAGACCUGGUUGAUGAUACCAGUGGGAAACAGUCACCGAAAACGUGAAGAGGAAAUUAAGAGUUUAACCAAUAAAUAGUCACCACAAAACAAAAAUGUAUUUUUUCCUAUUGCAACUGGCAGAGUUAUUAUAAGCCAUAUACUCUUCAGAUUGGUUCAAUUAUUAUAUAUUUAAAAAACAAACAAACUUGAAAAUGUCCAUAGCUUUUGCGACCUAUCCUCAUUUUGUAUCAAAAUACCAGAAUGUGGACCAGGGGGACCCACACGGUGUCCUGCGGUCGGGCUUUGGUCUUCAGGCCAGCAAAUGUCUGACAUGCAAAGGUGGAUGACUCCAGUUCUCGAAGCGCACGUGGACUUACCCCUCUUCAUCAUCCUCGUCAUUUUAUCGUCUCUUUUUGGAUUAUUAAGAAACUCUUCCUGGUUUCAGGUUAAAAUCUCUGAAGCGGAAUAGACUUUCUGAUACAAUUAGCAUCCGUUUUUAAGAAGCUUUGAGGAAUAUCAAAAUUGUGGAAGAAUAUCUUACCCAUAUGGAAGUAUGUUAUUAUUAAGUUUUGUAAAUCAAAUAUUUAAGAUAUGUUGUAUUUACAAAUAACUUUAAUAAUGAGGUGGUUCAGUGCUAAAAGUAAUAUUGUUUUAUGUUGUGAAAUCCAAGAGAACUUUAAUUAAUGCUUUGAUUUUGAUUCUCUGUUAGAUCAUCUUGGUAAUACUUGAGAGUUUAUGAACCAUUAUUGGGGGGGAUAUUUGAAAAUUUAAUAUUUUGAUAUUAGGUUUUAAAAAAAUUUUAACUUUAGGGUCAAAGCAGCAAAAACUAUGAGAUCAGUGACCGGAUGUUUUAUGAAAUUUUAUGACUAAACUUAAAACAAAUAUGGGAAAUCAGAAAGCAAUACUCUAUUUCAAAGUUAUUUUGUAAGAACUAAACUUUCUCUAAAACAAUCUGCAGUCUUUAAAGUUUGCCUCUACCUGGAAGUGAGCGGAGCUGCAUUCUUUACCAACAAAACUAAGAUUAAGUUGUCAAGUGUGACUAGUGAAGCAUACUAACAAGCCUGAUGAAAUGAAAGAAUACCCAUCUAUGUACACAGAUACUACAAAUUAACACUUUACCCAAAUGGCAGCGUCUUGGCUAAGUAGCUUUAUUUCAAAAAGGAAUUUCUAAGUAUAUUAGGUUAGAGAAUUUGCUUUUGAUUUUCUCCAAAUUUAACGCACUACGUAAAACCUUUGUUUUAGAACUUACGUGUCAAAAACAUCGAGUGAACACUGUCUUUUCUUGGUCAGGGAGUCAGAGCCAUCGCGCUAUGCUGGUCUUUUUGCCCAGUUUGAGUCCCUUGCCUCAGCAGGUUUGUUUUCUUGAUUUGGUGGUGUAUCUGCCAGUGACACUCUGUGUUCUGAGUAUGGUCUUCUGCUUCACAGCUAAUAGUAGUUUGCUUCCAACCAAACAAGGCGCUACUUUGAUGAUUAAAAAUGUGGUUUAGCUGUUGCAGAUUCUAAGCAGGUGAACAUCAGGUGGAUUUGGGUUGAUUUUACCAUGCCCCAGGCUUGGUGAAAUGCACUAUUAGACACAUUCUGAGGAAGACAGAGAAGAUAAAGAUAUAAUAAACUAAUUACAGAGUGUAUGUUGAUCAGGCAGAAUAUGUAGUGUACGUAGCGUCUACGGAGGGUUUAUGGUGCAGUGACUUUGAAUUGCACUAGUUCGGUUAGUGCUUCCAUUUGCAAGAACCUGUCUCCAAUACUAAGUAAGAUAAGCCUAUUCUAAAAUUUUAUAAAUAUUUUAAGAAACUUGAUUAUAUUUACCAAAAGAGUAUAAUAUGGAAGUUUGUUAAUAUUUUCUGUUUAAUAAUAAUAUUUUCUGUUUGUUAAAUAUGGAAGUUUAGUCUUUUACUUAAAAAGAAAAUAAACUUAUCAAAAUGAUUAAUUCCAACCUUUUAAAAAUAUUAGAAUCAACUAAGAAAAAGUCGAAACAAUAAAUGCUCAAGAAAAUUAAUUUAGUUAAUUACAUGUUAAAUAUUUCCAUAUUUUUUAUUUUGAGAUUUCCUAGGGGAAAAGGGGAGACUACAGUAUUAAGAUGGCCAAGUUAGGAGUUUAAAGCAGACAAUGAGAACAAUUAGAUUUUUAAAAUUACAUUCCAAAUAUAAAAUUAUAUCAAUCUUUUUCUCUCCUUUAGGUAUAUUGAAAAAUGUUAAAUAAGACAUUAACUUUUUAAAUGGAGUAUGAAAAAUAUUUAACCUAAUUCCAAAGUUAUAUGAGAUCAAAGGGAAGAAGUGUUAAACAUAUGUGAAGAUAAAACUCAACUGUAUUUUCUUUAAGAACUCUACUUUUAGUUUUUUAUGUUAUAAUCAUUUCAGCUUCAUGGAGAUUUCUGACCAAAUUGAGGAACUCUGUUUGAGUUGUGUUUUUUAAUGUUAUUUCUUGUUGAAAUGUAUAUAUGUAGAUAUUUUUGGUAUUUUGUAUUUAAUGUUUAUGAUAAUGUCUUGUUAAAUUACAUAUAGUUACACCAAAAUGUUGCCUGAAGAUAAAUCAUGGGAAAAUUCGCUUUCCCUCACGUGCGUUUUGAAUAUAUAUGCAGUCACUCCUAGAUUCGGAGUUUUGUUUCAUUUCCCUGUCACACUUUUCACUGUGUCUCAAAACCCGUCUGGUGGGAGUGCUAUCAUGAAGAAGUGAACUUGCCAAAAGGCAAGUGGUGUGAAAGGAGACAAAAGAAGCCAUAGGCCAAUAAAGUGGAUAAUUUCUGAACAACUGGGCUUUC